AUGACCAAAAAAGAAAAAGGAGUUCUUAAAGUUACAGUUAUUGAAGCCAAAAAUUUGAAAGAUGAAGACAAACUCGGCAAAAGUGACCCUUAUGUUAAACUUAUGAUUGAAGGCAAAAAAGAACAGACCACCGUUAAGAGUGGUGACUUGAAUCCAACUUAUAAUGAAGAAUUCUUAUUCGACAUUGACGGAGAAAAGUCCCUCAAACUUGAAGUUUGGGACAAAGAUCAUAUUGGAAAAGAUGAUUUGAUUGGAAAAAACGACGUUAAGCUUUCUCAUGCCAUCUCUAAAGGGAGUGAAGAUAUCUGGGUCACAAUGAGAGAACAUACAAUUGGAAGAAGCAGGGGGGAAGUUCACUUAAAACUAGAAUUCACUCCCUCUUAA